AUGGGAUACAUCACUGUGCAGAGAAAGAUUCUCUAUGAUGUCAGACCUGUGGCCUCCAGCGGCGGCUCCUCUCGCAGCGCCAGUCGCAGAAAGAGGACCAGCUUCUCCAAAGAACAUGUGGAGCUCUUGCGUGCCACCUUCGAGACCGACCCGUAUCCUGGCAUCAGCCUCAGAGAGAGCCUGUCCCAGACCACAGGCCUGCCCGAGUCACGCAUCCAGGUGUGGUUCCAGAACAGAAGAGCUCGCACCCUGAAGUGCAAAGGAGCCAAGAAGGCGCUGUGGCAGGCUGAUAGCCCCGUCCGCGAUACACCUCAUGCUGUAGCUGGCAGGGGAGCGCAGGUCGGUUCAGUCCACCUGCCUCAUCAGGUCCCUCCGCCAGCCUACCCAACCCAGGUGAAGGAGGAGAUGGAAGAGGCCUGCUUCUAUGGGCAGUGCCCCCCGCCCUACUCCACCACUGAGGAGCACUAUGGCUCCAUGUAUGGGCUCCAGCAGGGGAGACCACUGGGAAGCAGCUCCAGCCCACCCUUGAGAGGCUUCUGGUCCCAGCCAGGCAGCCAGACCUCCCCUGUCCAACCCCUGUGGUGCCAGUCUCCUCGGGAAAUGAGAAGCUACAGUUCAAGCUUCAUGUACCCAGGAUCAGCGGAGCAGCAGAUGUACAUGCCCCAAUCCCAAUCCCACUCCUCAACUCCAGACACGCCUGAUUCUGGAUACUGGGAUGCCAAUCUGGAGGACAGCCCACUAUUGGAGGUUAACUACAAACAGCUGGAGGAUUCUUGGAAUGGAGCGAAUGUGGAAGGCUGCGAGGAGUCCGGACGUCCAGCGCUGGUGCAGCAGGCUGCUCCGCUGCCUGAGCUUUCCCUGCAGGAGAUUCUGGGGGAGUUGAAUGAGGAAUGGCUGGGAGGAGACGGACUGAGCUGCCAAGCUACUGGGGAUAAAAUGGCUUUCUGCUAA